CACGGACUCUAGGAAAAAGAAUCAGGAGACGACGUCACAACCUUUCGAACUUUACAAGCCAACUUUACAAACCAACUUUACAAGCCUUCUGUUGAUAUCCUUGUUUUCCUUCCGUUGCUUUGGAUUCGACCUGUGUGUCUCGGAACACCUUGGAACCCACCUCUGGAUCUCGACUGCCUCCUUUGAUCCUCGACCACCACUCUGGACACGGACCUCUUGACGCCUCUCUCUGCCCCACGGGCCUUGCUUGGAUCACGGAGCCCUUUUGCCUAUAUCCCCUUUGGAUUUGUCUGCUUCCUCAUCCAACAAUUAUGGUAAUACUCAACAUAGUCUUACACCAGACAUACUCUUGGAUUUUGUUACACACCAUUCUCUAGUUAAUUUAUUAGUAUUGUUUCAUUAUUAUAUAUAUAUUACAUUGUGUGUAUAUAUAUGUAUGUAAUGAUCAUAGAGCGAUAUCGCCCACGUGUAGUUCUGUGCCGUCACAACUCCUCUUUAAACCAUAACACGUAGAAUCAGGAGACUUUACAAGCAACUUAACAGGAUCCCGUUGAUUCGGCCGGCAAACACAUGUUAAUAUUUAUUUGCAGCUCAUUCCUUUCAUUUGGACCCAAGAGCAGGGCUGUUUGGGGCUUUAAUUCGCGAGGCGGCGUUGUCGGUGGCGGCGCCAAGUGACGCCGUGCUUGAGUGGAGAGAGAGAGAUUCCCUGUGAUGCCGGGGUAGAGAAAAAAUAAAAAGGCAUUAUUUGUGUUUAUCACUGGAGAAUGUCACACAUUGCAGCACUUAGGCGGAGCAGCAGAUGGUCAAACACACUCCGUGGCCUGGAGGAGCGUUCACACUCCACUGACGACACUCUGCUAAACAAACAACAGCCAGUGGACGGCCAUGUUCCAACGUACCGGAGACAAAAGCCUGUCCACUUCAUGGAGCGAUGUCGGAGUUAAUAUCGUUAUUGAUCGCUGCGCAUCUUCCUUCUUCACCUGUCGUAGGCUGGAUUUUCAUUUCCUGUGUGCGUGGGUCCAUACACUGAUCAAUACAGGAGUAAUAAUGUAGGCCUGGUCUGUCAGAGGUCCUGAUUUGACAAGACUGUAGUCCCUCAAUUUACCAGCAUGUUGACGUAAUUGUCUCUCAACCCUUUCUUACGCUUUAGGACGCAAAACUGUGUUUCAGUUACGGGUUUGUUGCGUGCUUCCGCCAUCGAGAUGUGGAAGAACACAAAGGUGAAGACAAACAAGACGGGGAGCAAAAAGUACAAGAACGUGAACAUGGAGAAAAACAAGACGAGGAGCAAAAAGAACAACGUUAUGAACAGUGAUAAGAACAACAAGAAGAACAGGAAGAACAAGACUAUAAAUAUGAGGUAAAACAAGAAAACGCUAAAAUGACAGGAACAUGAUCAUGAAGAAAAACAACGGGAAGAACAAAAGGAACAAGAACAUGAGCAUCAAGACAAAAAGGGGAACAAUAACAUGGACAUGUAGAAAAAACAGAACAAAAAGAACAUGAACAUGAAGGAAAACAACAAAAAGAACAAAAAAAACAUGAACAUGAAGAAAAACCAAUACAAAAAGAACAUAGACAUGAGGAAAAUCAAGAGGAAUAAAAAGAACAUGAAGAUGAAGAAAACCAACAAAAAUAACAAAGAGAACAAGAACAUGAAGAAAAACAAUGAGAAGAAAAAAACAAAAAGAACGUGAAGAAAAACAACAAGAGGAACAAAAAGAACAAUAUCAUGAACAUGAAGAAAAAUAAGUACAAAAAGAACAUAGACAUGAAGAAAAACAAAAGGAACAAAAAUAAAAUGAACAUGAAGAAAAACAGCAAGAGGAACAGAAAUAACAGGAGCAUGAACAUAAAGAAAAACAACAAGAGGAACAAAAAUAACAAGAACAUGAACCUGAAGAAAAACAAGUACAAAAAGAACAUGGACAUGGAGAAAAACAAGAACAAAGAAAACAAGAACAUGAACCUGAAGAAAAACAACAAGAAGAACAAAAAUAACAAGAACAUGAAGAAAAACAACAAGAGGAACAAAAGCAACGAUAUCAUGAACAUGAAGAAAAACAAGUGCAAAGAAAACAUGAACAUGAAGAAAAACAAGAGGAUCAAAAAGAACAAAAAUAUGAACAUAAAGUCAAACAGGAUCAAGAACAUGAACUUGAAGAAAAACAAGAACAAAAAGAACAAGAACAUGAAGAAAAAUAAGAGGAACAAAAAGAACAAGCACAUGAACAUAAACACAAACAACAGGAGCAACAACACGAACAUGAAGAAAAAUAAAGUACAAAAAGAACAGGGACAUGAAGAAAAACAAGAACAAAGAGCACAAGAACAUGAACAUGAAGAAAAACAACAAGAAGAACAAAAACAACAAGAACAUGAAGAAAAACAAGAGGAACAAAAAUAGCAAGAACAUGAACAUGAAGAAAAACAACAAGAGGAACAAAAACAACGAUAUCAUGAACAUGAAUAAAAACAAGUACAAAAAAACAUGAACAUGAAGAAAAACAAGAGGAACAAAAAGAAAGAUAACAUGGACAUUAAAUAAAACAACAAGAAUAACAAAAAGACCAAGAACAUGAAGAAAAACAAGAGGAACAAAAAGAACAAGAACAUGAACAUAAAGACAAACAACAGGAACAACAACAUGAACAUGAAGAAAAACAAGAACAAAAAGAACAUGAACACAAAAAAAGAACAGGAAUGAAUAAGAACAAGAAAAAGAACAAAAAGAACAUGAAUAAAAACAAGAGGAACACAAAGAACAAGAACAUGCAUUAGACUGUUACAUAGUAGUGUGUGAUAUCAUGUUUCAUACAAGCAGUCAUGCUGAGUGUUUACUUGUGUGUGAUAUCCUGUGCGAUACAAGCAGUCCUGCAGGGUGUUUACUUGUGUGUGAUAUCAUGUGCGAUACAAGCAGUCGUGCAGAGUGUUUACUUGUGUGUG